ACGCGAUAUCCCGAUUACUUCGCCUACGAUUCAUCUGAGGAGACAGUGAUCUAUUCUGACGAAAGCGCUCAUGAUGGUGAAAACUUCCAGCAUGGCGUAAGCUUUGGAAGUUCAGCAAUUCUGCGAAGCAUUCCGUUUAACACUUAUGACUCUAAGAAUCACAUUCGACGACAGAGUCUCUUGGGUCGCUAUCGGCUCGACCCCAACACAGGGGCUCCCCUAAACCCAAUGGGACGAACCGGACUCCUGGGAAAGGGCCUCCUUCCUCGUUGGGGACCCAACCAUUCCGUUGUCAUCGUAGUGACUCGUUGGAGUCGAAAUCAAAAGUCAGGAACUCCUGUACUAAGAGGCAACAAGGGAGUACUACAAGUUGUCGCAUUGGAACGUCUCAAACGCUUCUGCUUGCCCUGGUUUUUCACUGAUCACGAGAGUCGGUGUGACUACGACGAGUGCGUUCCAGCCCUUCUGAAUGCGUACUUCAAACAACGCGCUCGUGCUGUCUGCUCGGAGAAACGAGCCGAACGGCUCUUGCGUCGUCUUGAUAAGACGGACACUACUCAGAUAUUCAAGGGGUACCUUGACGAUCAACUGAAUGCCGACGGCGGAUGGAUAGAAACCGUGGUGAUCAACUUCCAUGAAGGCGAAGGAAAGGGUGCUCAACUUACUGACGAUGUUCUAAAGUCACAACUAUAUUCUCAAGAGCGUCGCAGAGAUAAAGGGUGCGUUCUACUAGUAGAAGAAGCAGAUGGAGCAUUCAACCUCACCCUUCUCCCACAUCUCCUAUACACCGCCUCCAAGUGUUUACCUCGCGCUCGUGAUAUUAACAAAUCAACUGCUCUUCCUCCUCCCACUUAA